AUGCCCGCUCCCCUGGAGGCCAGCCUCUCCGACCUCGACUCCACCAGCCGCCGCAGCAGCGACCUGCCUGGCCUCCUCGCAGACCACGAGGAUGUUGCCAGGAUCCAGCCUCCCGCCCCCGCCUCGGGACCGCUGGUGCCGGCCCGCAGAGGCGCGCUCGGAGCCGCAGACACCCCCGGGGCGCUGGAGGAGCAGGAGCGGCGGCGGCGCCGAGGUCGGGCGCGAGUGCGCCCCGAGGCGCUGCUGCACUCCAUUCGCAGGAGCCGCCGCGUCAAAGCCAACGACCGCGAGCGCAACCGCAUGCACAACCUGAACGCCGCGCUGGACGCGCUGCGAAGCGUGCUGCCCUCCUUCCCGGACGACACCAAGCUCACCAAGAUCGAGACGCUUCGCUUCGCCUACAACUACAUCUGGGCUCUGGCUGAGACGCUGCGCCUGGCAGAUCAAGGGCUGCCCGGGGGCGGUGCCAGGGAGCGCCUCCUGCCUCCGUGCGCCCCUUGCCCGCCCGGACCCCCGAGUCCUGCCAGCGAUGCCGAGUCCUGGGGCUCCGGGGCCGCCGCCUCCCCCUGUGCGGCCGCCGCCUCACCGAUCUCUGACCCCAGUAGCCCUGCAUCCGAAGACUUCGCUUAUGGCCCCAGUGACCCCCUUUUCUCCUUCCCUGGCCUGCCCAAAGACCUACUCCACACGACGCCUUGUUUCAUCCCUUACCACUAG